AUGGCGAGCCCAUCCGCUGCAUCAGGUGGGAGUAAUCCUCCGGCGAAGCCAUGGGAACGAGCCGGAGCGGCAUCCGGGCCAGGCCCUUUUAAACCGGCGUCCCCAGGUAGUACUAGCGAUACUGUGGAGGCCUCUGGGACCGCGAAGCCCGGUGAAAUUGUAACAACUGCUGAUCGGAAUACUGCCCUUGCCAAUUCAAACUCGCUUGGAAGACCUGUUCCCACUAGGCCUUGGGAGCAGCAGCAGCAAGGCUAUGGAGGUUAUGGAUCCACCUUAAACUACAAUACUGGUUAUGGUUCUGGAAUGUAUGGUUCAUCUUAUGGUGGGAUGGGAUCUUAUGGAGGAGGAUAUGGAAGUUCAUAUGGGAGUGGAUUAUAUGGAAAUAACAUGUACAGGGGAGGUUAUGGUGGACUUUAUGGGGGUGGCAUGUAUGGUGGGGGUGGAAUGUACGGUGGCUUGGGAGGGGGAUGGGUGGUUAUGGAGGAAUGGGAAUGGGAAUGGGAAUGGGUAUGGGAGGCGGCCCUUAUGGUGAUCAAGAUCCAAACAAUCCAUUUGGUCCUCCCUCUUCUCCGCCAAGCUUUUGGAUUUCUUUGAUGAGAGUGAUGCAAGGUGUAGUAACAUUCUUUGGUCGGGUUGCAAUCUUAAUUGACCAAAAUACCCAGGCAUUUCACAUGUUUAUGAGUGCUCUUCUCCAGCUUUUUGAUCGGUCAGGGAUGUUGUAUGGUGAGCUCGCAAGAUUUGUGUUGAGACUUUUGGGAGUUCGAACAAAACCUCCGAAAGUUCAACCUCCUGGUCCUCAUAUGAUUCAGGGUCCGCACAACCCGCAUGGCCAAGGAAACAAUAUGGAUGGGUCCAAGGCUCCUCCUAGUGGUGGCUGGGAUAAUUUGUGGGGCCCAAGUGAUUAACUAUAUGGGAUGCUUUUUUGUGGGUGUUGAUGGAGAUUGGCUAUGGUAUACAGCUCAAAGGUGUUCAUACAUGUUGUUCGGGGUCUGUGGAGAACACAACCGACAGCCUUAAAGAAAGGAGGGUAGAUAGCUAGUAUUAGAGAUGUUUUCUGCAUUUUGUGAUCUUGCUUUUCUUUUCUCUCGUUUGUAUAUGAAGAUGCACUAGACGGAGGAAUUCGGCUUCCGCUGGUGUCUUGAGAUUAUGGUCCUGUUGUGAGAGACUGAAUAACGUAAAGUGGAUAUAAGGAGCUUCUUUAGUCCCCAAUUUUGGGACAUUCUGACUGUGAAAUGUGGUACACUUCGAUUGCAUGAAAGAAGAUCGAUGUAUGUGUAGGAAAAGAUACUUUCCAAAGGAAAGAAAAUGUUGUCUGGGAUGAUCCCAAUUUCGAGACCUAAAGUCUAAAGAAAAUUCCAAAUUCCAUUCCUUGUCAGCCCUACAGGUUCCGAGAAUCAAACUUUUCUGCAACUGGUUGUGCUUCUAUUCUGGAGUCAGUGGUUCUUUUCUUCUGUACUUCUUUUCUAAACAGUCAACCACCAUGAACUACCAUCGUACUUCUUUCUAAAAUGAUUUAUAGUACAAUCAAGCCAAUCAUUUUUGCUGUUCAUUAUACCACUAGAUUAAGUUCAUAGUUCAGACCCAUAUGGUCUAUACAAAGAGAUUGAGUGAUUCCUGACUUGCAAAACAUCAUUCUAAAACGGAUAGGACCUAUAGUAAUUGAUCUCCUACACUUCAGUUUCCAUAAGCCAGCGAAUGAGCUCGAAUAUUUUGCCCGAUAAUUUAAGAUACAAAAGCUCAGCUGCUCAAGUCAUUCUACAAAAGACAUGCAAGCGGAAACACGUCAUGCCAAUAUGAGCCACCUAAUGACAGAUAAACGACGAUUUCAGUACCUGGAGUUCGCCAAUCUUUACUGCUUACAAAAUGUUUAUUCAUAACGUUUGUAUAGAAUAUGGUUUUUAAGCUCGUAUAUAAGUUGCACCUUAUUGUCACUAUCUAAACCUUGAAGGCCCAAUCGGGAGCAAUGCACAUGACUUCUUUCUCUUCAAGGACAACACUGCCUCUUAAACAUUUGAAGAUCUCGAUGGCUAUGGGACUGAUUUGUCGACAUUUCCUGAUACUUAUGUACAGGACUGAAAGCUUCUUGCAGCCAUUUCGUAUCGCAUGUAAUCCUUCAUCAGACAGGUUACGACAUCGAUUCACAUGAAGCUUCUCCAAGUUAUGACAGUUCAUACCAACUGCUUCCCACCCAGCUGUCUUGAUCUCAUGACACAAUGAUAAGUUCCACUCCCGGAGUAAUGGGCAUCCUUUUGCUAUCGCAAUGAUUGAGUUGUUUCCAACUGUUCUGCAGUGUCGAAAAUCAAGCACCCUCAGUUUAGUAGCAAAUCCAGCACCUAUUGCUUCCAAACCAUCUCCAAGGAUGCACCAGCUUAGGCUUGAAACAUUCAGAUACUCAAGGCCACCCCCACUGACAAUGGCCAUUAUUCCUUCUGGUUCAAGUUUACAACUAUCAGCCUCCAAAUACAUCAGUGAAUCUGAACAACCCUUGAAACCAACACCAGUGACAUUUCUGCAGUUUGUGAUCCGGAUAGCACGAAGUUCAUGGCAAUUUUGAGUAAGGUAACUUAUACCAGAGUCAGAUAUAAGUGAGCAGGAUGAUAGAUCCACGUCUUCUAAAAAUAAGCAAGAUUCAGACAAGGCUUUUAACCCAAUAUCUGUAACAUUGCACCGAUACAGACUAAUAGUUGUCAAAGAAGGGCAUCCAGAGGCAAUUAAAAAAAAUCCACAAUCAGUUAUUUGAAAACAACAUCCCAGAUGAAUACUUAGUAGAUUCGAGCCAUAAUAUUGCAGGUGGCCCAAUCCUGAAUCAGGAAGCUCAACACAACCAGACAGGGACAAAGAGUGCAGUUGCUGGAAGCGAUGCAGCAACCUACUAAGAUGAAAGGUACCAAUUCUCAUGUGACGUUGGCAUAAGGAGGGAAUAUCAACUUUAGUAAAUGAGCAUACGAAUUGUAAGCUUCUACGACUUAGAUUCUGAAUUUGAAGCCAUCGAUGACAAGUCAAGCCAAAAGACUCCCGGUCAGAGGCAGAGUCCAGCCAGGAAAAGAUAGAGUACAAGCAAUCGUCAGGAAGGUGUGUAAUCGAGGUACGACACUCUUUGGAACAAUUAGCCAUUCUACUGGACUAAGACUCUUCUAGAGGUUGCAGAGAUUGAAUUCUUAUCAUAAUGUUUUUGUAUGAGCUUGAAGAAGAUGGUGAGUCAAUAACAGCCGGAGCAUGCAAGUCUCCUAUAAUAUGGCCUAUAAACACACCACAUUUACGACAAAGAAGUUUGGUCUUUGAAGGUACCAGACAAGCAGGAAGGCAGUUUACCUGGUCGACCACAGUAAAUCUACUAAGAUCAAUGGAGACAAAUGAGAUAAAACCUUUCCUAAUGGAUCUUUUAUAUUCCAAUCCGAUUCCAGAUACUAUACGGGCAGAAGAUGUUAGAUUCAGACGAUAUCCACAAGAUCCACAGCUGCUAAGAAUGAAAAAGAAGAGAAGAAAAUCAGUUUACAGGAGUUACAUGCCUGAUUAGUCUCAGUUUAUAUACAUUAUAAAGAAUUCUUAGCAGUUAGCAGGCAACUUGAGUGUAUUUCAUCAUUGAUAUCUUUCUACUAAAUACAACACCCAGCAGGAGUUAGGUUUGGAGUGAGUUAACAUCAUUCAACUCUCUGCUAACUCAUUUUUUGCAUACUGAUAAAUGUACAUAUUGAACACACUCAUGCAUAUAGCCCAUUCUACUUUAUAACUGCAUAGAGAUCAGGAGAAGUAAAUUUUGCUCUGGAUUGAAGUACCAGUAAUCAGAUCGAGAUACAAUCUAC